CCGGAUACGAAAAUAAUCAAUAUGGAGGUGUUUGUAAACAAAAUUUGAUAUUAAUUAUUUACCGUGAGAAAACAACACUUUUGAUACAGUUUUAUUUAAAUCUUAUUUGAUAAUUACCAGAAAUCUAGCAUCACAAGUAUUACCUUUGUAUAAGAAAUCUAUCAGCAUGGCUUUAAGUCACGGUCAGAUACUACAGCACUGUUCUUAUAUAUUAGACACAUAUGAUAGUGGCAUGGUUUCUGUAGAAGAGCAUAUUCAACAAUAUUUUGAAAAUAACCAGAUUUUAGAAGAAGAUAUUGUAACAUUUGUUAUUGAAGUAUUCUCUGGUUGUGUUAGAUAUUCAUCAGUUAUUAAAGUUGUUAUAGAUGGUUUCUAUAUAAAAGAUGGUAAAAUAGCAUUAAGAGCUGAGCAAGGACUCUAUUCAGUUUUGUGUUAUCUGAUCUUGUUUAGAUUAGAUGAACUUGGAGUUUCACAAUUAAGAAAAUUUGUAUACUCACAAGAUAUAAAUAGAAUUUACAAGCUUUUAAACUUCUUCCUGGAUGAGAAAAAUUUAUUAACUUGGAUUCGAGAUAAAUGGUGCAGUCUUUAUGAGAAUAGUUUUGUACAGACCGUUCUUCUGUCUCCUUUAAUGAGAUGGCAUCCUGAGUUAUUAGACUUGUUGAAUCAAAUGAAAGAUAGAAUAGAAAAUAAAGUUAAAGCUAAGAAGAAGCAGACACCAACUACAGAAGUGAAACCAUUUAAUAUCACCCAACCACGUGCAAGACAAGUACCUUUACCAGAAGUAAUUCCAAAAGUAGCUGCUCAUAAACCUGUACCAAAACACAUCUACAGAACACCAUCAGAAUUAGAUACAUUGAAUCUAGUAAAAGAGGCUAAUCGAAGGAAGGCCGAGGAACAUUUAAUGGAAGCCUCAAGAAUGCAGUUUGCCUGUGCUAAUACAGAGAAGUCAGAAAAAACUAAAGAAAUAAUGUCUAAUAUAAUGGCAGAGCAAGAUGCCAAAUUAGAUUUUGAUAAAAAUAAGAUCAAUCGUGCACCACCUCCUAUCAAAGAAAAAGCUGUAAAACUAAACACAGCUACCAUUUUACGAGAAGGUUUGUUAUAUCAGAGAAGAGAAGCAGAAGUCAUUAAAAAAUUAGAGAAUUUAGAAGCUGGUGCCAAAGAUACAACUCCAUUUUUAAAAUGGCAGUCGGAGAUGAGACAGAGAGAUCUGGAGGUGCAGCUAGCAGAAAUCGAAAGACGGCGCUUUGCAGGAAAAUUAAGCUAUGAAGAAGCCAUUAUUGCCAGACAAAACUUAACGAAAGAAAACCAACAAAGGGUUCUAGAAAUGAAAGAAGAGACACAACAGAUAAUGCAGGAAUAUUUAGAAAGACGAUUUAAAGAGGAACAGGAAAUGAGGCAUCUGGUCGAGCAGACAAUGCAAGGUCACAAAAAUACAAAAACUUCUAUGAAAAAACUACAAGAAUACAAACAGUCUAUAGUUCAAGAAGUAAAUGAAGAAAGUCGAGAACUAAUGAAACUAGCUUUAGAAAAGGCAGAAGAAGACAUGAGAAGGAAGAUGGAGUUGAUCAGCGAGAUACGAGCAAUGGAAGCAGUUCCUGUUAUUAGAUUUAAAUUCGUAGAUCUGACAUCAACAGCUGGAGUAGGUCUACUCAGUGAAAUGUCUAUAGCUGAGCUACGUGAACGAUUGUGUUUAAUGAAAACAGCAGAGAAAGAGGAAGAGGAAUUAAAAAGAGAUGAGAUAUUAGCAUCAAAACAGGCCAAGGAUCAGUUAUUACUAGAUACUCUUGAAACCAUUUCAAAACAUAGAACAGAACAAACUAAGUCAGCUGCUAUCAGAUUUGAAGAAAGGAAGAAAAACAAAGAUAAGAAAAUUGAAAUAAAAGAUGAAAAAUUAACCGAAUUACAGAGGAAACUGGAAGAGAAAAAAUCUGCAAGAUUACGGGAACAAGGAAACAAUCGAAUUAAAGCCAGUCCACAAUCAGCGGCACGAACGAGAACACUUAUAUCACAGAAAAAAGCAUUAGAAGAAAAUAGAUGGGAAAAACUGGAGAGGAGAAGGGAGAGAACUGCGUUUCUAUCAUCACAUGGGAUGACACCUAGUAAAACAGCUCAAAAACUUACAGCAUUCUAACUUGAACAGCAUUUAAAACUGUUGAUCAUAGCAUACCAUAAAUCAUGGUCUUCUUAUUAUAUUUAACCCUUAACUGGUCAUUGUCGACUAUAAUCACCACAACGUUAUACAGCUAAAGUAGACCACAGCAAGAACCUUUUUUAUAAGCCGCAUUUGAGUAUUUAGUUUCGUAUUUAAUUGAUAUGACCACGCAUGCGUGUCAGACAGGAACUUGUCUUGUUAAGGGCAUUGAGAAAAACAUGUCUUUGUUCAACUUUUUUUGACAAAAAACGUAAUGUAACGAUUACGCUUAAAUUAAGCGUGGUUGAAACGCUAAUGAAGGAUCCCGACUCGGAUUAUAUCGAUGACACCGAUUCUGAAGACGAUAUUUUUCAUGAAAAUGAUUUUGAAAGAUUUGCAAAUUAUAGAUCAACUUAUCCCCUUCAACUUUUUUAUUGGUGUCAAGAGUCUAUCACUUAUAAUUAUCCGGCAGUAGUCGAUUGAAAUAGGCAUACAAAAUAUUUCACUUUAGCCUUUAUUUAGCCUGACCACUUGACGUCAUGACAUCAAAAUGACCUCGACCGGUUAAGGGUUAAGGGGAGAUCCAGAAGGGGUUAUUGAGGAGGAAGCAUUUUUAAUUUCCAUAACUUAGGAAAUAUAACACAUACUUAGCUACUAAUUUAUUUGGGCAGCAUUUUGAAGAGUAUUCUCUCACGGUUAUCAAAUAAAUAAGUAGCUGGUUUUCCAUAAGUAUGUGUUAUAGUUUAUUUCUUUGUCCAGUUACUGAAUGCCUCUAAAAGAUUUUUAAAAAAUAUAGGUAUAAAAAUGGGGAAACAGUAUUCACAAUUAAUCUGUGUUUAAGAGUGAUGGAUGAACCAUUCUAAUGGUUGGUUUAUAAUGGUCAAUGGUGAGUCACUCAUCUAUCAGAUAUACUGGUUGUAAACUGCUUCUUUACUCAACAAAAAUAACCCUUAAUUGACUCUUCAUAUUUUUGUUCAGUAUUAUUUAUUUACAUGGAAAUUUGAUCAUUUUUAACAGAUUACCAGAUUCAUUAAAGAUACAUUAUGGGAAAUUAGAUAAAGACAUGGCAGUUCUCACUAUAAUAGUUAAAAACUAGAUAAUAUAAAGCGAAUUUGCUGAAAAUUUAUGUCAUAUUGAUGCACUCUGAACCAAGAUUUUAGCGUAGCUUUGAUCAUCAUUGCUAAAGUCUGUACGAUAAAAAAACAUAGUCUCGAUUAUCCAUUUCAUGAUUAAAUCAUGAAUGAAAGUUAAGAGUUAAGCAGAAAAUCAAAACCUAAUCCAAUAAAUGUCGCAGGCUAGCCAUGCCAUCGAGAGUUGAUUAUGGACUGGAUAUGUUAAUUAAUGUCUAAUUAAUAAUUAAGAUAACAUUUCAUGCCUAAAGAAAGGCCUGCGAUAGGCAGAUUUAGCUCUUGCAUAAUGUAUGUUUAAUUUUCACAAAUAAUUUGUAUUUUUUCUGAUUUUUAUUAAUGUGUUGGAGAAUAUAAAUUUUCUACAAUUUAAUCCUUACUAAAAUGUACUCAAAUUGGAUGGCCGAAUGGUUAGCACGUGGACGCUGUAUCAUAAGGUCUGUCAAUGAGUCAACUGGCGUGGUUUCGAUUCCCCGGUUUUCUCCGGGUCUACGGUUUCCUCCCACUACGCGCAAGCGAAUUAUUGAAAUAAAAUGGAACCAUAUGUUAGUUCCGAAAUGACCUGGUUUGUGACGAGUGGACUUAAACCCCAUCUCUCUCCCUCUAUCUCUCUCCCUCUAUCUCUCUCUCUCUCUCUCUCUCUCUCUCUCAAAUUGAUAAUUUAACAUUUAAUUAAGAAAACAAAAUCAAAAUAUCAAUCUCAGGAGUGCUGAAAAAUUGACGGACACCGUACGGUAUAACUAGGUGUUUUUUUUAUUGUCGACAAUUUUUUCACAGAGGGAGGGGGCGAAACUUUUACUAUUGUAACAGUCUUGGAGUCUGUCCAUUAGAAAUUGAAGCAUUCUAUAUUUAACAUCAGUUGUACAUAAUAAUUUUGUAAAUAUUGGAAUGUAAACCAGUUUGUGUAUUAAAAGUGAGAUAAGGGAGGAAACUGGUAAAAUGAUGUAAAUAUUUAUAGAUUAUUUAUAGAAAUUGAUGAUAAGAGAUUUUAUUUUUCCAGAUUAUACAUCUAUUUUGAGUUUGUAUUUAAAACUGUGAAUUAUUGAAACUGUGAUAUGUGAUAGUGGAAUACAUUAAACUAUUUAUACUUUUU